AGAUCCAUUGAACCCACCGUUUUCUCCUGUUUCAUCUCUCUCUCUUAGUCUCUCCUUUUAAAGCCGCUCAUUCUUUCUCUGCAAGCAACAACGCGAUCACUCUCUCUCCUCGCAACCGACUUAGCUGCUAGUUAAACCUGCGCGCUCCGCCAAGAAGUUGCCAAACAUAUCCUAUGGAUUCCACAAAAGGGGACACUGGAAAACCUUCAUUGGCUGCAAAUGUUACUUCAUGUCGAAAGAAGAAGAAUGAAGAAGCCACUUUUUUGGAGGACAUGAAAGAUCACAUUGACGAGUUUAUUCAUGCUUCUAUGGAUGAGCAUAAAACUUGCUUCAAGAACACAAUUCAGAAGAUGUUUGGUAUGUCCAAGGCUGUUGCAGAGAGGAACACCACUGACGCUGCCAAAGAAAGGAACACCACUGACGCUGCCAAAGACGUUGAGAGUUCUCUGCCUCUUCAGACAACUUUGGAAGGUUAGUUUCUCGUUUGUUCUGAAGAAAUAAAUGGUCUGUUUCAGAAGCUCUCUCCAAGGAACUUGAUAUAAAUAAGUGAUAGAUUAAGUUGGUUGACCAUUAAUUUCAUGAAAAAAUACCAAGGUACUCUCGUCCAGUAGGUUGUUCAGACUUGUCAUUCAAAUGGAGUGUGAUUGGCACACAUUGCUUGAUGAUACAUUUUCCUUCUUUUUAGGUAUUAAUGGUUUGUCUCUGUUCAAUGACUAAACAAAAACCUGUUUUCAAUUCAUUUAUGUUUAGAGAAAAUAUUUUUGCUAUAUACUAUUAUUAUUGACUU